GCAAGAAGUGAGAGAAGUAAGAACGGUUCCAUUACCGUUGGCAUUUCAUUUCUCUCCGCAAAAACGCCAUGACGCAUUCUCUAACGUCGUCGUUUCAUUCCUUCUUCUUCUUCCCUCCUUCUUCAUCAUCCGUACAACUCAACACACCAAAGCUUCAACUUCUGUUACCAAUGUCAUCAAAUUCUCAACCGCUUCCCCUCAAAUUCUCUCACACAAAUAGAACAAGAACCACCACCACCAACAACAAUCGCCACAAGAUUCGAGCUUCGUCCUCAACCGAUGAUCCUUCACCAUCUUCAUCAAGUGCGACGAAUUUCGUUUUGUUCAGUUCCGCUGCUCUAACUGUUACAUUGGCGGUGGCUAAUCGUGUGCUUUAUAAGCUUGCUCUCGUUCCCAUGAAAGAUUACCCCUUUUUCCUUGCUCAGUUCACCACAUUUGGGUAUGUGGUUGUGUAUUUUAGCAUAUUGUAUAUCAGAUAUAGGGCAGGUAUUGUAAGUGACGAGAUGCUAGCCAUUCCGAAACUUCGCUUUCUGGCCAUUGGGUUUCUUGAAGCUUUGGGUGUGGCCACUGGAAUGUUUGCUGCAGCUGUACUUCCUGGACCAGUCAUACCCGUAUUGAGUCAGACUUUUUUAGUUUGGCAGCUAAUGAUUUCUGUUCUUCUCUUGGGGAGAAGGUACUCAAUCAACCAAUUGGUUGGAUGUUUACUUGUAGCUAGUGGAGUUGUGGUGUCUAUUACAAGUGGCUCAAACACGGGUCAGAUGCUCUCUGAAGUUGAGUUCUUUUGGCCAGCAUUGAUGAUUGUUUCCAGUGCUUUUCAAGCUGCGGCUUCAGUAAUCAAGGAGUCUGUUUUCGUUGAUAAUGCCAUUCAAUUGAAGCAGAAGUCACUAGAUAUAUUUGUGGUCAAUUCUUUUGGAUCUGGCUUUCAGGCUCUGUUUGUACUUCUUUUUCUACCUUUACUUUCUAACUUGAAAGGCAUACCAUUCGUUCAACUUCCUUCGUAUCUUAAAAGUGGAGCUGGUUGCUUUCUGAACCUUGGAACUCAUAAAUCAAGCUGUGACGGUGCUCCCUGGCUUCCCCUGCUUUAUAUAGUUACCAACUUGGCAUUCAAUAUAUCGUUGCUUAACGUGGUAAAAACCUCCUCUGCAGUUGUUGCUUCUCUUAAUUUCCGUCAUCAUUCUUUCCCUUCCGUUGCCUUAUCUUCCCGAGGGAACAAGCCUGAGCCCAGUUUUUGUAGUUGGCUGCGCCAUCCUUGUAUCUGGUCUUUAUCUGUAUAACACAACCAGAGCUGCCAAGAAUAGUACUAAAUCUGAUUGAAGCGCAUCCGUUCCACAAAACCAUUGCUGAGAAGUAACUCCCAAACUACCAAGCAGCCUAUCUACUCACUCAACUAUCAGUCUUGAGGCAAUCUAUCUUGGUGAAAUGUAUUUAUUGACUUUGUCCAAUUCUACGUGUACUCAUGUACAGUAUUUUUUACUAGUAUUAUUUUUUGGAUUCUGAUUAGUGUGAGGUAAGAUCAGUUCAAUUUCUAUUUCUCUU